GUUAAUUUGGCUGUUAAUGCAGCAAAGGCUGCAUUUCAACCAAAUUCUGAAUGGCGUACAAUGGACGCAUCUGCGCGAGGCAAAUUGAUCUAUAAGUUUGCAGAAUUGAUUGAAAAAAACAAAAUUAAUUUGGCAAAUUUAGAAUCAUUAGACAAUGGAAAACCUUAUAAUAGUUCUUUAUUAGACGUACAGUUGGCUGUUUCAACUCUUCAAUACUAUGCUGGAUUUGCUGAUAAAAUUCAUGGGAAAACUAUACCAUCAGAUGGGCCAUAUUUUACUUUCACCAAAUGUCAACCUGUCGGAGUAGUUGGAUCAAUUAUACCUUGGAACUAUCCAAUUGCUAUAGCCACAAUAAAAUUGGGACCAGCACUUGCUACUGGAUGUACUGUUGUAUUAAAGCCAGCUGAACAAACUCCUCUUACUGCUCUGUAUCUGGCUGCAUUAUCUAAAGAGGUGGGAUUUCCUGAUGGAGUCAUUAACGUUGUACCUGGGUAUGGUCCAACUGCAGGUAAAGCUAUAGCUAGCCAUCCGGAUGUAAAUAAAGUGACCUUUACUGGAUCAACAGAAGUUGGAAAAUUAAUUAUGGAAGAAGCUGCCAAGUCUAAUUUAAAACGUGUAUCAUUAGAAUUAGGUGGUAAAAGUCCUCUUGUAAUAUUCGAUGAUUUUGAUGUUGACGAGGCUGUUAAGAUUGCUCAUGAUUCAAUAUUUGUCAACAUGGGUCAAAAUUGUUGUGCUGCUUCUAGAACAUUUGUUCAAGAAAACAUUUAUGAUGAAUUUGUUAAGAAAGCCGCAAAAUUAGCAUCUAAUAAGAAAGUUGGCGACCAAUUUGAUGUUGAUACACAAAUAUGGCCUUUAGUAAGUGAAGAACAAUACAACAAAGUUUUGAGUUAUAUUGAAUCUGGUAAAAAAGAAGGUGCCAAAUUAGAAGCUGGUGGAUCCAAAGUUGGUGACACAGGUUAUUAUGUGUACCCUACUGUAUUCUCAAACGUAACUGACAAUAUGAAAAUUGCCAGAGAAGAAAUAUUUGGACCGGUUCAGCAGAUUAUUAAAUUCAAAACAUUAGAUGAAGUGAUAAACCGAGCUAAUGACACUAAAUAUGGAUUAGCUGCUGGAAUACUAACUAAGAAUAUGGAUAUUGCAAUGAAGUAUAUGGACAAUAUUAAUGCUGGUGCAGUCUGGAUUAACAGUUACCUUGUCUUCUCGGCACAAAUCACAUUUGGUGGAUUUAAUCAAUCUGGAAUUGGUAGAGAAUUAGGAGAAGAUGGUUUAAAAGAAUACUUGGAAAUCAAAACUGUCUCCAUUAGACAAUAAAUUUCAUACAAUAUUACAAGCAAACACAAAAUAUAUUGUAUACAAUAUACAUUAGUAUGUAAUUUAAAUAUUCCU